UCGAAUACACGAGCUAAACGUUAUCGGUUGUUUCUCUUAUCACCUCACAUCAGUUAUAACAAGUGGCGGCGAGGUCCAAAAUAAACGUUAAAAAUGGCUAAAAUAUCAGUUGGAACAUUAACUGUGUUUAACCAUGAAGUGCACGAUUGGAUAAUUUAUAAAGAUAGGCUAGAACAGUGGUUUUUAGCUAACGAUGUUGAGUUGGAGGAAAAGACCGGCAAUAAGCGACGCGCCAUCUUGCUAAGUAGUUUGGCGGAGCAAACCUACAGACUUCUCCGUGAUUUAGCUUUGCCUAAGGAAGUUGGAACACUUACAUAUACAAGUGUUAUUACUUUGCUUGAUAGCCACUUUCAACCGAAGAAGUGUGGCUUCGCAGAGCGAUCAAAAUUCCACGGGGCAACGCAGUCAUCGGGUGAAUCCUUAGCAGAAUGGGCGGCGCGUGUACGUGGCUUAGCGACUCAUUGUGCCUUUGGAGAGGCUGUGUUCGAGGACGCCAUACGAGACCGCUUCGUACUGGGCUUGGCACCUGGUCCAGAGCGCGAUAAACUGUUCACGCUGGAGAUGGAGGAGCUGACGCUGAGCAAGGCGUUGGCGAUGGCUGAAGGCGUGAGGUGUGCGCGCGAGGGCUCGCGGCAGACGGCUCCAGGGGCGGCGCCUCCAGAUCCUCUGCACGUGUUCAAGAUGGCGGCGGCGCCGAGGACGGCGGCCGCGCGCGCGCCGGGUAGCACCCAGGCCGCGCGCGACGGCGGUGGCGGCUCGGCAGGCCCUGUCACCUGUUCAGCAUGUGGCUAUGAGGGCCAUCAGCUUCCUACAUGCAAGUUUACGCGUUAUAAGUGUAAAAAGUGCGGUGUUAAGGGUCACCUUCGUAGGGUGUGCCCAGGGAAAAACCUAGUGCGGCAACAUUUUGUUGAGUGCUCGGCCAGUUGUAACGAGGACGAUGUCCUUACAAUGUGAGAACUAUAACGGAAUGCGUGACGUCAAUUUCAAUGUGAAUGAGACAGUGCUUGUAAAAGUGUAUAAAAACAAAAAGUCUCAAUGGACCAAAGGUGUUAUUAAAAGUAAAAUUGGUUCGUCAUUAUACAUAGUUUAUAUCAAUGAUCUUCAGUGUACCGAGAAAAAACAUGUAAACCAAUUAUUAAAAUAUAAGGGGGAGGAAUUAGAUGAUAAGAAUAAUUGUACUUCUAAAGAUGUUAUUAAUAGUGAGGAAGUUCCUAUUCCGGCAUUUGUUAUGCCAUCUUCUGUUGUUAGUAGUAGUUCUAUGCCUAUUCGCCCGGCAAGCGCUGACCCUGAGUCAUCAUCAUCAUCAGCUGUACCAGCGGCAGCGGCGGCGUGUGAGCCGGGCGCCGCGCCAGCGCGCGCCGAGGGCGUCGAGCCCUGGGCUGACUGUGAGGAUGAACCUGCCGAUGUGGCUCCUCAACAGCGACCUAAGCGCACUCGUAAUUUGAUUAAUUAUAAGCAGUUCUUUUAAUUAUUGUGGGAGGGAUGUUAUAUCUAUAAGUAGGUAGUGUGAUAAGUAAGACAGAGCGGCUGCGUCCCUCUGGCGGCGGAAACCUCAGUCGAAUAC